AUGCCGCGACCGUCGCGCGAAUCCUAUGGCGAACACAAACCACCAUACUCCUACAUCUCUUUAACCGCUAUGGCCAUUUGGAGUUCCCCGGAACGCAUGCUGCCGCUGUCGGAAAUCUACAAAUUCAUCACAGACCGCUUCCCAUAUUACCGGCAUAACACGCAGCGCUGGCAGAAUUCACUGCGGCACAACCUGUCCUUCAACGACUGUUUCGUGAAGGUGCCGCGCCGCCCGGACCGGCCCGGCAAAGGAGCCUACUGGACGCUGCAUCCGCAGGCUUUCACCAUGUUCGAAAACGGUUCACUGCUGAGAAGACGCAAGCGGUUCAAGCUCCAUCAUGAGGAGAAUUCAUCAGAAUUAACUAUGUUUAACUUGAAUCAUAUGCUUGCUCGCGUACCCCCGUUGCCAGCUCAUGAAACACCAGUUAUGACUGAGCAGAAUGUCACGGUUCCGAAAAUAAAACCGAAUACGUCCUUUAUGAUAGAAAGUUUGUUAAAAAGUGAUGUGGAAAGACCCUGUGCACUAGGCUCUCACGAGGAUCCUAUUAAAGUGAGUGUGAACCAAGGUCCUGGGUCUAUUUUGGAGUACAGACCAGAUCUGCUGGCGUUGUGCGCGGCGAUGUGGCAACCCCAUUUACCUCUGAUGUUCUCGCCUAUGCAGUUUACGUUACCGUUUGAGAAUAAAUUUAGUGAUGUAUAUUUUCAUUCACCGUUUCAACCACGACGGUAGGAUCGAUCGAAGAUAGUUUUCUGCCUACUUAUGAGUAGGUAUUAGGCUAAACUCUUUCAUUUAAAAUCAUUUACAUGAUUGAUUUUUCGUUGAUUUGCCCGUUUGCAAUCAGAAAUGGAAACUUAUGAAAAAUAGGUAAUUAAUUACCUAAUAAUUUGAGAAAAGUUAUUUCAGCGUUUGAGGAUAUUCGUCCCCUAGGGAUUUAAAAAGGGGUGAAAUUUUGUAUGGGAUUAAAUUUUAUUUUAAGCAUGUACCUAUUUCUAAAUUUAUUCGUCCAUAUCGA